AGCAGAGUUGCCAACUGUGCUACCCCAUGUGGUUCUCUGGAAGACAUCUGGCUAGACAUCCGAAGUCUCGGUUCUCUUCCUUCGAGAUAAUUCUGGACAAUAGUUGGCUUAGAUUAGAAGAGAAAAAUUGGCAUGAGUUCUUACUGAAAAGAACCUCCCAUGUUUUUUGUGUGAAGCUGUGUGGAAAUCUGAAAUACUGUCAAUCACAUCUUUAUAGUACAGUGGUGCCACCUGAUGAAAUAACUAUUAGUUACAGACAUGGCCUUCCUUUGAUAACACUUACUUUGCCAUCCAGAAAAGAGCGCUGUCAGUUUGUAGUCAAACCCAUGUCAUCAACAGUUGGUUCAUUCCUUCAGGACCUACAAAAUGAAGAUAAAGGUGUCAAAACAGCAGCCAUCUUCACGGCAGAUGGCAGUGAGAUUGCAGGUUCAACCUUGAUGGAAAUUUUGCUAAUGAAUGAUUUUAAAGUUGUCAUUAAUAAAGUAACAUAUGAUGUACGGUGUCCCAAGAAAGAAAAACUGAAUAGUGAGCACACUACUGAGAUGGAAAACAUGAAAUCCUUGGUUCAUAGACUGUUUACAGCCUUGCAUUUAGAAGAGUUUCAGAAAAAGAGGGAGCACCAGUUACUGGAGAAAAUCGACCACCUGAAGGGACAGCUGCAGCCCCUUGAAGAGAUGAAAGCCAGAAUCGAAGCCCGCUCAGAAGCCCAAACCAAUGGACUCCUGUGGGCUGGCUUAGCCCUGCUGUCCAUUCAGGGUGGGGCACUGGCUUGGUUCACGUGGUGGGUGUACUCCUGGGAUAUCAUGGAACCAGUGACAUACUUCAUCACAUUUGCAAACUCCAUGGUCUUUUUUGCAUACUUCAUAGUCACUCGACAGGAUUAUACUUACUCAGCUAUUAAGACUAGGCAAUUUCUUCACUACUUUCAUAAGAAAUCAAAGCAACAGCAUUUCGAUGUGGUGCAAUACAACAAAUUAAAAGAAGAUCUUGCUAAGGCUAAAGAAUCCCUGAGCCAGGUACGCCGCUCUCUCUAUUUGCCAGCGCACAUAGAAGAACUCGACGAAGAGAAUUAAUCUUACAUUUUUAAAUGUCAUUGAAUUUUUCCAUUAGGUAUUGAUUUUGCAAAUUAGAAACUGGAACUUUUUGAGUCUCAUAGUUCAUUUGAAUUUGACUGUUUCAAACUCUUUUGUUAAUAAAAAAAAAAUAUGCUUGCAAAACACA